AUGCAGGAAGAACUUACUAGAGGGCUUGUGAGGGCUCUUAGUACAAACCACUUCCACCCUUGCCAGAGCUUUGACAUUGUCCACUACCAACAAGUGUUCUGUGCUGUUUUUCUCUUGCAGGAAGGCCAGUCCUCAGCCAAUGGCCCAUCUCGAGACAGCCCCAAGCAGCCGGUGGCCCGAGAAGGACACGUGGGCUACCCCAAGCUCCGGGCAGGCUACAUCCCCAUUCCCGUUAUCCACGAAGGCCUGGACGGCCGGCAGCAGCACCCCUGCUUCUCCUCCCCUCAGCCAGGGCUGCAGAGGUACAAGACAGAGGCCGUGCCCGGCCCGGGGCAGGCUCAGCCACCCCUCAGGGGGGCCUCCGGUGGCCCUGAGUCGCCGGCGAGGGGCCCGUCCGAGGCCGCGGCAGCCGAUAAACAAUGUGGACAGACACCGGCAGCUGCGGCGGCCCCGGCCACGCACGGACCUGAGCCUCAACCUCCUGGAGCCUCUGACCCUCCAACAGUUUCCCCUCAGACCUCUGGCAGACCCAAUGCGGGGAGCCAUCCGCUUCCUCGCGGUUAUAUUCCAAUCCCCGUGAUCCAUGAAAACAUGCCACGUCAGCCAGCACAAGCCUACCACCAGGCACAGAAGACCCACUACCCUGCCCAGCAGAGCGAGUUCCAAGCCCACCAGCCAGUGUUCCAUAAAAUCCAGCCAGGGGAGAGGGAGCCCAAGGCAGCACGAGCGCAGUCUCCGUUCAGAGUGGCUCAGAGAGGCUCCUCCAGUCGGGAGAGUUCCCCGGCCAGAGUGAGUGCCCAGAUGCAGCCCCCAGCUCCCAUCCGAGUGCAGACAGGAGUAGAGAGACCCCAGGUUUCUCAGCAACAAGUCCCAGCUCAGGAGCCACCAAGACCAGCCCCUCCUCCUGAAAUCAAGCCUGACAACAAAGCAGCCCCGCCGCCUGAAACGGAGGUGCCCUCCACAUAUAUCCCAAUUCAGGUCACCCACCAAGAACCAGAUCCUAAACUACCACCCCAGAAGCCUCCAGCCAUGGCAGAGAAAGCUGAUAAAAAAGCUCCUUCCCCAGCUAAGGCUGCUCCCCCCCAGGAAAGGCCUCCUCCUGAAGAAGUGGCACCACCAAAGACGAUGGAAACAGAAGAACCUCAAAAGCAUCCCGGUGUUUUGAAAGUGGAAGCAAUUCUGGAGAGAGUACAAACACUUGAGCAGGCAGUCAACUCCUUUGAAGGCAAGAAAACUGACAAAAAGUACUUGAUGAUUGAAGAGUAUUUGACCAAAGAGUUGCUAGCCCUAGACUCAGUGGACCCUGAGGGUCGUGCGGAUGUGCGCCAGGCCAGGAGAGAUGGUGUAAGGAAGGUCCAGACCAUUUUGGAAAAACUUGAACAGAAAGCAGAAGAUGUCCCAGAACCUGUUCAAGUUGAUGGACUUCAGCCAAAUUUUCCAGAGCCUAAGCCCCCGCAGGAGAUCAUGGAGAUUGAACCUGUGGUAGUCAAGAGCAAGGGAGAUAGCAGUAAUAAAAAUGCUAAAGAGGAAACCAAAACAGAAAGACAUCAGCCUGAAACUAAGGAAGAAGUGUUUACCAAUCUCGCCACCACGACAAACACAUCCAAUAACCCAACUGAACCAUAGCCACGUGCUGAAAUUAGGAUCUCUCAGACUUUAUAACUUAGUGUGUUUAAGUGAAUUUUAAGUUGCAUGCAUUUCCAGAGCUCUUUUCAACUGGUUUUAAUUAACAUAGCAGCUUGGGACACCGUAAACACUUUGUAGGGAAAGGAGGGAGCUAGAAAGAAAGUGAUGCAUUUAUCCUUUAUUCUUACACUAUGUAAAAGACAUGUUUCAAAAAUAAACCCUGUACAUUAAUUGCUUUUAGAUCAGCUGAAUGGAAAAGAAAAAUGACUUCAGGGUUAAUAUUGAUGCGUGUUGUUUAAGGUGUAUUCUUUUGCAGGUGAUUUUUGUAAAAUCAGUGGCCUGCAUUGUCAGAAUACCAGUCCUCCUACAAGUAUAACCACUCCUAACAGUAAUGUUUUUACUUUUAAUGUUCACAGUUGGGCACUUUAAUGAUGGAUAGAAAGUGUGUAAGAAACUGUAGGGAUAUUUAUAUGUGUGCAGGACUUCAAUGCUAUAUUUUAAGAGGGAAAUAAAAUAAUAUGGAAGCCUAA